ACAACAUUCAGAUUUAGUCUUCAUUGAGAUUGUUGUGUAAUAUUGGUUCCGUUUGAAGGUCAAUGAUUUUGUUUUGCUAUGUUUCAUUUUGUUCCCGAUCCUUUGUCAUGUGAUGUAAACAAAUAAAAGGAGCAACACACCACUUCGACUGGCCACACCCUUGCCCCGCCCCCUUUAGGCUGUUAUAAUCCCCUUGGCACGCUUGGAAAUGCCGUUGACCCUGCUUUUGUCAUUAAUGACUCACAUACAACAAACAAUACAAGGAACAGUUCCAAGGCCGGAAAAUAAGGUUCGUUUUGGGUCGAGUUGUCGUUGCCUUCAUGUAAUAGCUGUACAUGUCACAUGAUAGCCCCAAAGUUUAUUAUGAUUGAAAGAGCACGCACACGUCAUUGGGCUCAUUAACAAACGAGACGGGAUAGUUCAGCGAGGUGAACAUCGUACGGUUCCGCUCGCUCAAUUCAAGUUCCCUGCAUUGCAUGUGUUGAGAUCAAGAGUGUAGUGAGCGACUUGUGGAAGAAACAAGAGCAAAAGAUGGCGGAUGAUCACAGAAUAACGGUUAGAACGAGUCGAUCUGUAAGAUCUCAACUGUUUGGUUGCCAUCCAGCAUGUGCUUCUAAUGUUUGGGCAUUAAUGACUGCAAUUGCGCUCCUUGGAGUAGGAAUUUAUUUUGUGGUCAACUCUGCUGCCAAAUUUUGGAUUUGGGUCUAUCUCCUGGUUGCAGGUGGCAUUGUUCUGCUAUUGGAAAUAAUGACUCUUUUCACUUACACUACUUGUUGCAGACAACGAUGUGGUAAAUGUAUCAAAGCCAUAUGGUUUAUUGACACCUGGAAAAGAGGAUUGGUUUAUGUCGUUGGAGGAAUCUUCUGUUUCAUACCUUUUGGUGUUGACCUUCGUUUGCUUUGUGGUAUUAUGCUAUUCAUCGCAGGAUUCCUUUAUAUUGCCAAGACGUGUAAGUCAACACGGAACCCAGAAGAUCGUAAAGAGCUGGUUGAGGAAGAGCAGCAGAAUCAAGCUUAAAUACCCUUCUUUUGAUCCAACAUCUUGAUUUUAAAGGCCUCCUCCUGUUCCUUUGUAAGGUCUAUGUCUAGUGAGAGGUCCCGAGAUGAAGUGAAAGGGCCGUCUCACUCGUUGCCAUGUCAGAUAUAGCUUAAAACUAAUUGCCAUGCAGUGUUACUAUUGCCAGUACAUCUUGUGUGAGAGUUGUGAACAGAUCGUUUAUUGUGCACUGCUUCAUCAUACAUGUGUUCCAAUGCACAUCUCCCAUCACCUAGCUAGUUUGUGCAGAGUUUAUGAAGCUGCAUGGUGGCUGAGUAAUUUAACAGAUUUUUGUUUAGCAUACAUAACAACUGAUGUAUACAUGCUCUAUUGUUUUAUGGUUUGUAUCAAAUUGUGUGAAUUCUGAUUUUUUAAAAAUAUUUAUUUAAAAAGUGUUUAACAGGGGUUCUGUCUCAUAUUACCAGUGCUCAAGAUAAUUACAAGUAUGCCCAUCUGCUCAACUAAACAGGAUGUAACUGUAGGAAUAUCCCGAGGGGCCACUUCCACUGUUGAGUGGAUACUAUGCGCGACCAUGGGGUCUCGAAAAGCACCCUAAACACGUAUUUUCUAUAUUCUGAAAAUGCACCCCUUAACAAGUAUUGGCGUGUGAAACCCUACCCUUAACAAAUAACAAGUAUUAGAAACAAAACGAUACUCUUGGCAAGAAUUCCCUGAAUUGAACCCCUAAACAAGUAAUUGUUAUGUCACGGACAUUGGUUGUCGGUUUUACCUUUACCUACAUCAUUGGGUUUAGUAUAGUACUAAUACUAGUACGGCCCCACCUCCCACACCUCGCGCAAAUCGUACUCUAAACACGUAGUGUUGACUGUUGGGGCAAAAAGUACAUCCUUUAUAAAGCAUUUUAGUCUUAAUUUUUUAUACCCUCGCAAAUCUGACCCUAAACACGUCGCUUUCCUAGCGAAAUAGAUAGGCCUACCCUUUUUUCAUUAUUUUAGUGUUUUUGACACCCUUAUUACGUUACGUACGUAACGUGCCCUAUCUUGAAAAAGACAUCCUUUUUACAUGUUUUUUUGGUCGUGCAUGGUAUCCACUCGUCAAUGUAAGUGCCCCCCCCCCCCCCCCCCCCGAGGAAUAUAUGACUUUUUCAGUUGAAUGAGAUUGAUAUGAUUUUAGAGGUCAAGUCCAUCUCAACAGCAAGUUGAUUUGAAUAAAUAGAAAAAAAAUUGAAUAAAAAGCUGAAAAGAUCAAAUUGGAUUGUAAAAUAAGAAAGUUAUUAUAUUGUAGAGUUAAGCUUAAUUUCCCAAAGCAGUCAUAUGUGCAACACAAUGUGGUAUGUAAAUAAAGGAAAUGAUUGUGUCACCCACUCACUAUUAUUGUGUUAUUUUAUUUUAUUUUCCUCCUUAUAAUUGUAAAAAAUGAAUUUAUUCAUCUCUAAACAAUCAAGAUGUAUACUUACUGCACGGCUGUGUUGUAAACCUAUGGUGAUUCAAUCAAGAGGAUUUUAAUUGUAAAUCUACAUCACAAUGUUUAAUAGAAGAAGUCGUGAGAGUGUGGUAUCAUUUGCCCUCUCAUUGGCAUAUCACUAAUGUUUUGGUUACCAUUAUUUUUUUUUAAAUAAGCAAAACUCUAAAUUUCAUAACUUUUUAACUAUGCAUUUGAUUUUGAUGAAUUUUCACUCUUCAUUUUCUUUAUUUCUUGGGUAGGACUUGAUCUUUAGUGAUGUACCAACAUUCAUUCAUUUUAUAUUGUCAGUGUAGGGGCUUAAUGACCCUAUAGAAAAAAAAUGCUUGGGAGUUUGGGUCUAAAAAAAAGUACUGGUAAUUAGUUAACCACAGAAUGUCAGUUGUUGAAUAGUACUGGUCGGUGAGUUUGCAGCUCUAGUAUGUAUACUGGUAGAACUGCUGUAGAAUUACAGUAUCAAUGUAUUUCGACCCUUAGUGCAAUUAAACCCUUUUCUAUGCAAUCUAUUUGUCUAUGUGCUAAAGGGAAAAUGUGUAGAGUAUUGGAGAAGUAUAAACUGUUCAACCAAUCAUGAUUUUUCAAUUUGUAUGUUUACUAGCACUUUUACAUUAUAUUUCCUAUAAAAAGAAUAUUUUGUGUGCAACUUUCUGUUAACACAUGUUUAUAUUAUACAUGUAACUUAUUCUGCCUUAAUAUUGCUAGAAUUCAGAUAUUGUCCUAUCAGCUAUUGUAGGAGUCAUUCAAAAUGCAUUUGUGAAACCAGUGGCGUAACUAUGGGGGGCACAUGCCCCCCCCAAUCGGCUGGCCCCCUCAAAAAAAAAAAAACGGGGAAAGGAGAAAAAGAGGGAGAAGGAAGAGAAACGUAGUGGGGAAAGAAGAAAUUAUUGUUCAUUAUAAUGUUAUAUUAUAUUUUGUUAUAUUACAUAAGAAGCAUUUUUCAUAACUUUAUGAAACAUUAAUUGCUCAGGGCCUAUGUCUUUAUUGUCCCUGGUGCUCGCAUAGACUGUUUAACGAGAUAUAUAACAGGGUUGUGAGAGUUCAGAUUUUUAUCUGAUUUCAAUUUUUUUUUUUUUUUAUUGUCAGCUUAAUUUUAGCUUAUUUUUGGCUUUCCUCUGUGCAAAAAGUAUGGGAGCUCUUUCUUUUUCAGACUUUUUCAACACUCUUCAGCUUUUUUCAGAUCUUUUUAUUUGUGACCACUCACACCCCUGAUAUAAUCCUGUUGUACUAAAACCUCCCGUUUUCAAAUCAAUAUACUGUACACCAAAUAUAUUUCCUCACAAUUCGAGUUAUUAUUGUUUCAUUUUUCAUGCCUACUUAAAGUGAUUGCCCUAUUUUAAGGUCUUAAUAUAAAACAUUUCCUGUCUGUGCUAACAUUCGCAUUCGUUGAUUGGUGAGAUGUCUGCUCUUCAUGAAUUCCUAAAAUCAGUUCUUAAAAUGUCAAUUUUUCUAAUCUCAAUAUCAAAAAUUUUCAGCCUGUGCUUCGCGCUCGCAUCAUUUGGCUAGUGAAAUGUGUACGGUCUUAGUGAAUUCCUGCAAACAAGCCUUAGAAUGCCCCUCUUCAGGUCUGAAUUUCCUAAUUUUUCAGCUCGCGCUUCGCGCUCGUAGUAUCUGAUUAGUGAGAUGCAUAUGAUAAUCAUAAUUACAAUGACUACAAAAAGUGCUAAAUGUGUUUAGAUGUAAUUCUAACAAAAUCAGCAAAGGAUGGCACUUGCAUUAGAUGACUAUGCUGAGAUAUGUAUACUCUUAAUGGAUUCCUAAACUAUAGUCCUUAAAAUGUCAGUUUGGGGUCAAUAUAUACAAAAAUUUCAACUCUCGCUUCAUGCUCGCAUUGUUUGUUUAGCGAGACAGGUACGUAUCAUGAUUACACAAAAUUUGCUUAUGUCCCUUUUUAGGUCUGAAUAUCAAAACUUUUCAGCUCGCGCUUCGCGCGCGCAUUAUUUAAUCAGUGAGAUACAUAUCCGUUUAAUGGCACUGCAUGUCCUUAAAAUGUCUCUAUUAGGUCAGUAUACCUGGCAACUGAGCGCGCUUUGCGCGCUCCCUAAGUGACUCGAAAUUUUUGCUGGUGCCCCCACAAUACUGUGACCCAUUGCACGCCACUGUGUGAAACUGAAUGCAGUUUAUGACCAACCACCCCUUCUAUGGAAGAGAUAAUUAAGUCAUUGCAUAAAAAAUUGCUCUCAAUUUCCUUGAAUCAAUUUGAAUGAAAAUGGGAAAUUGCUGGAAACAUAUUUUUGCCAGGGUUAGAUGGCACAAUUGAUGUCAAAGAAAACAUUUUAUUAUUUUCAUGCUCUGUGUGACUACUAUUGUUGAAAUCAUAAGAUAUAUCCUGACCAUGAUCCCUUUUUUUUUCUUUGCAUGACGAAAACCUCUGCCUACUGUAGAAGUUAUUGUGAUGAUUUCGCAUAACAGAACACUUAUGAUUUCAAAUUAUUUUCAUUCAUGAUGUCACCUGAUGUGUGGUAAAUAUAAAUUCUUCAUAAAGAUGCAGAAAUUCAGGAAAAAAUGGUUGCCUGCCAUGAAAAAAAAUGAACAAAGUAGAUUUGUUUGGGGCAUUAAAGUAAACUCACAUGUACAUAUAUACUUGGUUAGAGCACCAACAUCAUUCAUCAUCGUAAUACAGGACAUCAUAGUAUUUUAAUGUGGAUCGUCAAAUUAAUAUUGUUUUCAUGACUGCCAUUGUAUUUAUUUUCAUAUUUGUUUCACAGUGCAAAUUCUAAUAUUUGUUAUUUACAUGAUUAUGUGAAUUUGAUUAUUUCCAAGCUCUCAUGUGAUCUUGACUCAACAUGAUUGGGAAUUAUAAUGUAUGAAAUCCCUCUCUCGCAGUAUUGCAAUAUCUUAACUUUGUCUUUAAAGAAUGGACAAAUGUGUCUUUGUAUCUAAAUAACCUGAUCAUUUCAAUCCUAUACAUGUUUGUAGGUUCCUAAGUCCUAACCAAACUAUUUGUACUUGGAUAGUAUUUUUUUUUUAACUUUCAAUUUAAAUAGCUAACUGCAUAAAUUAUUGUUAAAACAAUUGAUUUUAGAGCAAGGUUGAUGAAUCACACCUUAUAGAAGGAGGAGGUGAUCUCCUUAGUUAGAUGCUAAUUUGAUGGUAAUGAUAAAAUUAUUUUAGAGACCUUGUACAAGAACGAUUCAUUGUAGAACCUGUGGGAUAACAUCAAGAAAGAUCCUGACCUCAGACUAACCUAUUAUCAGACAGACUUUGUUUUGCUUUAUCUCCUGCACCUAACCAGGGGAUCAUCAAAUUCACAUCUGAGCCAAGAACCCCCCCCCCUUCCCCUUCUCCUCAUUGACAUUGCUCUUCAGAUUGAUAGAUCAGCUGUUUUAUCAAUGUUUUUAUACAUGAGUUGAGUAGAAAUAGAUAGUAGGCAAUAUUUACACCCCUUCAGUUUAAAAAGCUUUAUGAUUCAGUUUAGGCAAAACAUCACUUUUAACAAAUAGUCUUUUUUCUUUCAAAGACAAACUUUACUAUAUUGCAAUACUUUUGACUUGGGAAGGUAUGUGUAGUUUACAAUAUUAUAAAAUGUUGCCAAAUAUUCAUUACUAUAUAGCAGCGUAUCAAUGCUAAAUAUGGUGCUGUUCUGCCCAGCUUCCUUGUUACUUUCAGGAUCAGUCUGUAAAUCUUCUAUUUAUUUGUAACAAAGUUUAUUUUGUUUUCUCAGUAUUAAUGACUUCAAAAAUGGGCAUGAAUUAUUUAUUUUGUAUCUACAUGUAUACUUCUCAUUACUGUAGUUGCGACAAGUUACCCAUUGUAAAAUUCAUGAUUAGAUGUUUGAUCAGGUCACUUAACCAUUGUUUGUUACAUACAUGUAUUUGAAAGGAACUUCCAUUUAUGUUACUGAUGACAAACCAGCAGUAUUUCAGAUGACUGUAGUUAUUUCUUUAUAUUUGAUAUGUAAUUGAAAAGAUAUGUCAUUGAAAAGAGUUUUGGAAUUUAUCAAUAUAACUCAUUUCAUUUUUGGAACUUAAAAAAUGUUUGGAGCAUGUAUCAUCCAAGUAAAUUAUUACAGGGGGCCCAAUCUAAAGUUUAUAUUGGUAUUUAAAACCAAAUAAUAAAUCUCUUAUUGUAAUGGUGUGAAUUUCAUUAAUUGCUAACAUUCAUGAAUUGUGUUCUUCACAUGAGCAGUAUAAACUCAUUGAAUCAAUUUGCCCAAUAUAUACUUUCAUACAGAAUUAAUGCUCAUGUGGUUCUCAAUAGAAAUUAUUAUAUUUUCUUUACAUACUGUAUGGAUAUUGUCACCAAAUCUUUAUGAAAAGAUUUGAUAAUAAAAUAAUAAUUUGAAGAAAAAAAAAGAGUACUAAUAUUGUUAAAUAAGUAUUGCCAAGUUUCUAAUCAUGCCUUUUGUAUUUAUUUUAAAAAACAAUUCAUUGAAGGUUUAUUUUUACAAAGUAAUUAAGUAUUGCAAAAAGUAUUUAAUCUCAUUUCAGAUGAUUUGGGGUUUAUUGAAUAAAAGAAACUUAAAUGAUACCCCUUCCCAAACAAAUUCUAUGUUGGGUCAAAAUAAUGAUUGAAUAAUUUUCACAUAAUUUAAUUUUCAUGUUUACUCUUUCCUUAAACAGUACUUUACCAAGUGUUGUCUUUUUAUCCAUCUUGUUGAGUUGAUUUGGCCUAAAUUUUGUAUGAACAACUUGAAUUUUCAAUUACAUGUAUUGUAAUAACAUGAAAUAUUUCAGAUAAAAUCCAUAAAGAAAUAUAACGAAACAAAAGAAUUGCUUUUAUUUGAAAUUUGAUGUAAAAGGAAAGUUUUUUAAAGUAAUGUUAUACAUGAUUUAAUGGAUUGUAUUAAUGAUUGCUAUGUGUUAAAUAUAGCUGCACAUUUCUUGUAAUGUAAGGUCAAGCCUGAAAUAGCAAAUUGCAAUAAUGUGGUGAAGUAGCCUAUGUAUUUAUGAUGUUAUAAGCUAUCCAUCCAAAUAUAAAGAUUAACCUAAGUGGUACGAAUUUUCAUACAAAAAUUAUCAAAUAGCAUUUUGAUUACAUUGAUAGAAAACCAAACAUAAAAGUGGUAUGUAACGCAUUAAUGUUAUAUUAAUGACAGUAAAUGAUUAAAAGGAGUGUUCACGUUUGUGUAGCUGCUAUCUAAUGAUAAACAUUUCUUUUGUCCAUUGAUGUCUACAGCGAUGUGUAAUAUCUAUAAUAUCACUGAUAUAUAUUGAAUGGGAUUUUGGUCAGUAUCAUGCUUCGAGCACUCUUGAAAAUAAAUGUAAAAUUGUGCUGGAAAAGAAA